CCUCACCUCACCAGGAGCCAAGCUGACUGAACGUAGUUAUUGCUGUUGCAGUGCCGUUGCAGCCAUGUUGAUGCGAAGCUCCACGCGAAUCGAAUUCCGCGUGGAGGAUGCCCAGGAGUACAUCAAAGCCAGAGAAAGGCAGAAACGUCCUGGUCAAGGGCACACCUGCACGCUGCCACCAGUUCCUGGAGCUUCACGGGAGGAUGAUGCCUAUCCCACAUCCCGCAGUUCCACGGCCAUGUCGCCUAUAGACCGAGCUCCCUCAGCAGAGGAGGAAGUGGAGGAAGCGCAACCUAGCCGUACUGAAUCUGCACACCAUGAGGUAUCAGAGCCUGACCACUUCCAGUCUGAGGUGGAACAGCUUGCAGUCCUUGGCAUUGAUGAGCAAGAUGCGCGACGUGCCCUGAGGGCUACAGGUGGUGACCUGGAAGCAGCUGCAGACCGCUUGCUCCUGUGAUGGUGCUAAUUUGACGAAGAAAAACAACAGU